AUGAAGGAGGUUGUGCUUAAGGAAAUCAUGAAGCUCAACGAGGCCGACAUUAUUUAUCCAAUUCCUGAUAGAUUUUACCAAAUAUCGAUCGCUCAAGAAGACCAAAAAAAGACAAUCAUCACUUGCACUUAUAGGACUUACACCUUCAAGGGGAUGCCAUCCAUGAAAGAUGUUCCAUUUGAGUUUGAUAAGGAGUGCAAGAAGGCUUUUGACACUUUAAAGGAAAAACUGAACACUACUCCAAUUCUUCAGCCUUCACGAUGGAACAUUCCGUUCAAGAUAAUGUGUGACGCUAUUAAUCUAGCUGUGGAAGCAGAGGGGGGCAGAAAUUCAGUGGUGGACCAUUUAAGGAGGAUAGUGGAAGAAGAGGAUCCUACACCUGUACAAGAGGAUUUUCCUGACGAGUACUUGUUCCAGAUAACCACAUCAAUACCAUGGUAUGCUGACAUAGUUAAUUUCCUGGUGACUAGUAAUUUCCCUCAUGAUAUGCCUAGUUCUAGGAAAGCUAAAUUGCGUAGUGACUCUAAAUACUUCAUUUGGGAUCCACCUUACCUUUGGAAGAUUUUCUCUAACCAAAUCUUUAGGAGGUGUGUCCCAGAUGAAGAAUUUGAGUCAAUGUCAGGAUCUCUUUCUAGGAAUAAUGAAAUUCCACUUAACUCGAUUCUUGUCUGUGAGUUGGUUGAGGCUAUGCCCACUAGGAUUAACAAUGCUGCUGUUGUUUCUGAAUUUUUGAAGGCUAACAUAUUUUUCAUUGAGGCCCUUCUAAGGAAGUAUGGAGUCCAUCAUCGUGUUGUCACUCUAUACCAUCCUCAGAUGAAUGGCCAAGCUGAGAUAUCAAAUCAAGAGGUUAAGAUUAAGAUCAGAAACUUGGAGACUGGAAAGGAGUAUAAGGUUAAUGGGCACCUUCUCAAGGUCAUCAAUGAAGGGGAAGUCAACCUAGCUCACUCGAGCUUUGUGUUGACAUAA